AUGGACAAGGUUAAGUUGAUGUGCAGUUAUGGCGGAAGGAUUCACCCACGCCCUCACGACCUUCAACUCUCCUACUUCGGCGGCCACACCAAAAUCUUAACCGUCAACCGCGACAUCAACUUCUCCAACCUCUUCUCCAAGUUACAGGAUCUCUCCGAAAGCAAUUUCCAGAUUCAGAUCAAGUAUAAGUUGCCUGGAGGACAACAUCUCGAACCUUUGAUCUCCGUUUUUGACGACGAUGAUGUCCAUCACAUGAUGUUCGAAUACGAUCUUCUCCGACGAGUUUCCACUAAACCGGCGAGGUUCCGUUUGUUCCUAUUUUUUCCGGAGACGGCGAAGCCUAUGGCUACCGCGGCGUGGUCAUUGAAUCCGGAUUUCUUGUUCGGAUUCGAUAAAGAAUAUUCGUUUAAUUAUACGGCGACAGUGCCGGUGGAGCCCUUGGAGAUUUCCGAAAAUCCGGAUGCUGUACCCGAGAACGUCAUCAUCGGUGAUGGAGCUCCGAAUUAUGAUCCGGGAGUUUUUAUGCGUGACAGCUACGUUUAUCCAUUGGCGCUUGGUUACCAGGAACCGGUAAAUGCCGGUGGAUGCUUCCAGGCUGGAUUGUACAACAGGUAUAGAGACACCGGAGGGAAAUGA